AUGCAAGCAGACCGAGUUGAAGUCUCUUCUUCUGUCAGGAAAAAGAAAUGGAUGUCUCGGCGCAGAGGUGCAUGUGAGACGUGCAAGUCGAAGAAAGUCCGCUGCGAUGGUGCGACGCCAUGUAGAUAUUGUAAUUUGCAUAAUCUGCAGUGCGAGUACCAGCUCUCGAAGAAGCAGGAGACCUCUAACAGGCCUCCGAUGGCGUCAACAGCCGAGGACGUUUCAAUGGUGCCGUCGCACGCAGAUAACAACGAAGCUGGAGUCACUACACUCGUUCCCUCGCCGAAUGAUGUACAGAUACUGCCAGAAUUAACGGCCACACGACUUGGAGCAGCCAACCGUGUUUCUGGAAAUGGAGGCAGUAAUCUCCAAGAGAUGAUGUUUGCCACGAAUGACCGGCAUAUCAUGCCGGUCAUGUUUGAUGAGUAUGCUCACGACGAUUUCUCGGCCACAUCUACGGAGUGGUUUGGCAGUGACAAUCUAGCAGCACCGUUCUCUGUUGACAUGAGCAAUAUGAACGGGCUGGGAACGCUACCUUGGUCACCCCCGAAAACCACCUAUUCGGAAACCAAUUUUGACACCCCGUAUCCAAUCGAACACCCUACCGAUGCAUCAGCAAACCUGCCUUCGACCUCACAAUUCGAGCUGAAUUUGCUACUGUCUCCAACCGGGCCAAUGAGAGACAUUUACGAUGAGAAUAUGUGGAAAGAAGCUAGUCCAAAGCGCCUCGGAAAUCUAAGUCCGUCUCAACAAGACGAAGUAGAUGGAAUUUUCAGACGGCUCUCUGACGCUCAGUCUCAGAUGUCAUUUGGCCUCGACGGUGAGCAAUAUGAUUCCACCCACUCACAUUGGUAUUGGAGCGACACAGCAUUGAUGGAAAAGUGCAAGUCUGCUUGUUUUGAAGAACCCCUUGGCAUUUCCACCUUUUUGACGAGAUCACUCUUUGACAAUUAUGUCCAACAAGCAAGGGAGUCGCCAUCCAUUGAGGGCUUAGCAGUGAAACCACUGAUCGAUUCAGUUAUGGCUUUCGGCUUUCAAGUCCUGACCGCAAGAUCACAGCCCUCUGCAGGUUCCGAUGUGAGCAGGAAGGCGAUCGCUCGAUUAAGAAUGGCAUUAAGCUCUCGCGAUGCCGUGCAGCGAUCGCCCGACACACUCCUGAAGAUGCAGCUAACCAAGCUCCAGAUGGCAAUUUCUGAGCAAAUUGACCACAAAAUUCACACUGAACUUUUGUCAUACGCAGUCAGCUGUGCCAGAUCCCGAAGAUUUAUGAAUCGUGACUCGGUAUACAUGACCAUGACGAAAGAAAAAGAAUACCUUGCAAGGAGAGUUCUGUGGUACCUCUACUCGAUAGAAGUCGUCCAUUCCAUACGCAAUGGAAUGCCACCGAUCCUCACCCCCGACUGGACCGACUAUGCGCUACCCAAAGUCGGCAAGGAUACCGAUUGGCUGCUCAUCCAAUGUCAACAUGCCAACGUUCUCAGCUCAGCGGUCAAUACGCUCUACAGUUCAAGGGCCCUUUGCCAAACUGUGGCCGAGCGAGAACGAAAUCUGAUGCAGGCACACAAGGCCCUCGAAAGCUGGAGAACAGGUCUUCCAGUACAUCUGCAGAAUAUCCAUCGGCACGAAACGGGGUAUGUCACCCUCGACGACCAGAAGACGCGCCAUUUGACCUUGACCAUGGUUCGCAAGUAUCAUGAGGCCAUAUUUAUCAUUUUCUUUCCAUGGACCGGAAGCCAGUCCAAAGGACUAAUCUCCGAACACUAUCGCAAGAGGAGCAUGGAGCUUUGCGUAAAGUCAGCCCAAGCUGUGUUAGCCAUCGCGGCUCGAAUCGCAAGCUGUGACAUACUCGGCGGGUGA